UGUUCUGUACAACAUAUUUCAAGUGCAAAGAAUGUUUCAGACAACCAUCUCCACUUUUUUGAGGAAACGCCGGCAGCCUGAAUUGAGCUGUGCUCAACCUCAAAAGGAAAUGAAGUUUAGAGAGGUGACUGUGUACUUGGUGGAGAGAAGAAUGGGUAAAAGCAGGAGAAACUUCCUGACAGGUUUGGCCAGGUCAAAGGGCUUUUGUGUGGACAACGCCUUAAGUAGUAAAGUGACACAUAUUGUAGCAGAGGACAAUCCAGCACAUGAGCUCUGGCCAUGGCUUCAGGAACAGGGCGUUGCAAACCUGGAUAAAAUGAAUGUGCUGGACAUCUCCUGGUUUACACAGAGCAUGAGAGCUGGCCAGCCGAUUCCAGUGGAGGUUCAACAUCGCAUACAAAAGCCAUCUGUGCAGCCGAAGCCAGAAGCAGGUCCACAAGACAGUCCUUGGUCUACUGUCUCUCAGUACGCAUGCCAAAGACGGACUACACUGUAUAAUCGUAACAAGAUCCUCACUGAUGCUCUGGAAGUUCUGGCAGAGAAUUAUGAGUUCAUUGAGAGUAAAGGGCCGUGUCUGGGCUUCAAGAGAGCUGCAUCUGUGCUGAAGAGUCUUCCUAUGCCAAUACGCAGCAUUGACGAAAUUGAGGGACUUCCCUGCCUGGGACCGGAAACCAUGGCUGUUAUACAGGAUGUCUUUGAGUGUGGAUCGUCCUCCAAAGUUGAAGAAGUAUUAACAGAUGAGAGAUACCAAACUCUGAAGAUUUUUACCAGUGUGUUCGGGGUUGGACCCAAGACAGCAGAGAAGUGGUAUCGCCAAGGCCUGCGUAGCCUGGAGCAGAUCGUCUCUGACUCCAGCAUUCACUUAAACAGGAUGCAACAAGCAGGAUUCCAGUAUUAUGAAGACAUCUCAAAGCCAGUAAGCAAAGCUGAGGCCGAGGCGGUGGGUCAGAUUAUAGAGGAGGUUGUGAGCUGUGUCAAUCCGGAUGUCACUAUCACUCUGACUGGAGGCUUCCGCAGGGGAAAAGAAUUUGGGCAUGAUGUAGAUUUUCUUCUUAGUGUUCCUGGGCAUGGUAAAGAGGACGGACUUCUACCUGCUGUGAUUGACCAACUCAGGAGUCAGGGCAUUCUACUUUACUCAGAAUUCCAGGAAUCAACCUUUGACCUUAGCAAGUUGCCAAGUCGUCGGUUUGAAGCCAUGGACCAUUUCCAGAAGUGCUUCCUGAUCGUGAAGUUGAAGAAGGAGCAGGUGGUUGGUCAGCAGGAAAAGCAGAGAUGUGGGAGAGACUGGAAAGCACUGAGGGUGGAUCUGGUGGCACCUCCGGCUGAGCGUUAUGCCUUCGCCCUGCUGGGCUGGAGUGGCUCCACGCAGUUUGAACGAGACCUGAGGAGAUUUGCCCGGCUGGAGCGAAACAUGCUACUGGACAAUCAUGCCCUCUAUGACAAAACUACGAAUACCUUCCUGCAGGCUAAGACAGAGGAGGACAUCUUCACCCAUUUGGGAUUGGACUAUAUUGAGCCUUGGCAGAGGAAUGCUUAGACCUCAUCCUAUUCAUCAAAAGCAUGUGCUUUCCUGCAGCUAAUCCUCCUCAUAGCACACCGAAAGACUGCACAGAUUCAAGGCCAUCAAUGAUUUAUUUCACAUAAAACCCAAAACUAUAAUACUUUGCCAUUAGGAAAGCUUUUUCCCUCUUUAACACUUGUGAUAAAAUUAAAUAAAAUAUAUUGCAGUGUGUUUCAUGUUAUGUUAUAAAUGAAUUAAAUUUUUUGGGGGUAUUAGUGAGCUAAAAGCUAAAAUGUGCAAAUAUAUCUGAUAUAUGUCUCUGCUACACAGGAACGAGGAUAAGAGAGAGUCAGGGAAAAUGAAUUGCUGUAAUUACCAGCCUAUACAUCAAACCAGAUGAGACCAGACUGUCUAGGACCUCAUGUGGUGAUAAUAAGCACAGGUGGAGUUUAACAGCAGUAUAAGUGAUAUUGGAUUUCACCUUUAGUGAGCAUCCUUUACUGAAUUCUAGCUUCCUCAUUACCGUAGAAUAACAGUGCUGGAGGAAGCGUACACUCUCUUUUUAAUAGACCACAUACAUCUAUAAUGCUUUUUACGAGGAUGUGGAGAUUUAGUCAUGCAAUAUUACUUAAUGACUUUUCUGUUUUGCAUUACUG